AUGUCAAACCCAUCGCUCACCCACAGCAAUCCGUACAUCCAAGGUGGUUGGGAUGCUGAGAACUCAUGGCCCAACGAUGGCUCUUUUGUUCCAGGUUCACCACGCUCAGCAAGCUGGGUGCCCGCCCAGACAGCGUACGGGGUGCUCCCUCUCGCCGCAACACCAGGUGCCCUUCCCCCGGGUCUCCUGGGUGCGCCGAUCACCUUCCGCUUCAUGGCGUCGGGCAACCAGACUAACCUGGCGUUCGUGGGCCCGAACUAUCGAGCAUGCUACCGCAUCCGAACAACCGCCACCCAUUCGGUCAUCUCAGUUCCGCAAGGCACCCUGGCCACGAUCUGCUGGACAGGCCUUGAACCUACGGCUGAACGCGGUGGAAGAGUACUUCGUGCCUCGGAGUUCCUGCGCGAGGCCCGCGAUGCACAAGGACGAAGAAUCAAACUCAUGAACGUUGAUGGACGCGAGUACGCAUGGACGUACGAUGAGAAAGGUUUCUACAUCCAUCCCGCAAACAACAUGGCCCAGAUCCUGGGUUUUGUCUAUAAUAGCUACGGAGUUGAGCUGAAAGUCGUCCCCCAUGGCCUCUCUGCAGAGAUGCUGAACUGCAUCGUCAUUGCUGUUUCCAUGAUGCAAGGCAAGAUGUUUGUCGGACUACACUAA